AUGACAGCCGCCGCGUACUCUGUUUAUGUGAAGCAUAUCCUGCUUUUAUUCUUAUUGCGACAACUUUUAACUGUCAGUACUGAUAAAGGUUAUCCAACCGUUGCUCGUGCUGGCUUUCAUCAUAAUGCUCUUCUAUAUAUCCAUCAGUCGUACUCAUCACAGCAACUAGCAAAAUGGCUAACUGGUUCACUGGAGACUGAUGCAAGCAACAGCCGUAUUCUUUUUGAUGCCAUAACAAUACUAGCACAAUACAGUAGCAGUGGUCACAAAACCGAAUAUUCAACAAAUAAACAAGAUUGGUUAUCAUUUCUUAACAUGAUAUCCGGACCGACAGGGAUAUUAGCAAAUUUGAGUGAUGCAAUUACUACGCUGAACAAUCCGAAAAAAGUUCAAGUGGUGAUUAUGAUGCCGUAUCUAAAUCCUGUUGACCAACAAGAUUUUUCACCAACGUUAAACCUCUCCUCGAGAAUUGAUCGACAGCAAGUUGUGGAAUGGUACAUCGAUAUGGUGAAACAGCAAUUUAAUUUAUCUCUAUGCUCCAAGUACGUUCAUGAAGAACUACCGCGUUUUACCGUCCCAACCAUUCCACCAUUAUUUCGAAAUUUGAAUCUAUGGGGAAUUUAUCUCAUGAGAGAAGACAUUCUGCCGGGAAUCAACGAGCAAAUAAUAACAGACACGGUGGAAAUUGUUCAUAGUCAAGGACUACGUGUACUUUGGAUUCCUUAUAAGGGCGCAUCCGGUUGGCAUAACUGGGCCAAAUUUGGCAUUGAUGUUGCCAUUCUACAGCCCGGUUAUGCUUUCUCGGCGCCAUUGCUCGGAGGAACACUAAAUUCUGGUCGCUUGCGCUCAACGGCUAAGCUCGCGUAUCAAUAUGGACUGGGUGUCGAAAUUGAGACGAAUCAAGGAGCCACCACUGAGUACGAAACAUCGUUGUUGCAAGAUUAUUUGGCGGAAGGUGCUAUUGAAGGGUAUCAACAUGCGCCCACAGCUUACUUUUUAGGUAGUUACGAUAGCAUCGCCAAGUCCGAGAAAGCAUGUAGUUUAAUUCGUGACUACACAGCAGGCAUUACGAUUCCACCGACUUUUUUCAAAACUGUCUGGAACUGGACGAUAUCAGCACAGAAUCCAGUUCUCGAGAUUGUAGCAACAGUUCCCUCCAAAAUCACACCACGAGGGAUCCGUAUUGAUUGGUCAUUGACAUCUGAAAACUGGCAAGGGCGGGUUAUUGGUGAAGGUUUUUCAAAUGACGAAUGGGAAACUCUGUGUAGCAUUGAAGUUGGAGAAACAAUUUGGCAAGAUGGGAAUUGGACGAGUGCUUCACUUCCUUUCUCACCUUCCAUCUCUCCCAUCCUAGCACUACGUAUAACUUUCAUUGGACUCUCUCAACCAGCACUCACGAACGAUAAUAUUUUAAUUGAACGUGUACCAAGUGGUUUUGCACCUGAGACUAGCACUGGUGCUUCCUACAGCAUUUCGCCUGCGACAACAUUUCCAAACAUUAUUUACGGCGAUUCAACACAUGAAACACUGCACAAGUUUUCAAGCGGACUGCUAGUCGACGAUAGUUGGUCUAGCAAAGGAUGGAAAGCUGGUAUGUCCAUCGGAUAUACCAGUACAUAUCAUCGGAAUCAUGUCCGUAUUGCGCUUGAUAUGGGUCAGCUAACGAAUGUAGACAGAAUCCUCGUCUAUACACAUGGUGGGACUUAUGCAGGGAUUAAUUGGCCGGAUGCAGCUAGUAUUCUUCUUAGCAGUGACUGUGUACCGCUAUCGCCUCACAGCUCAUCUGAUUGUAAUAUCACUAGUCACCCAUGCAGUGAUCGCAUCAUUACCGGUUACGAGGAGCAUAAUGAACUGGAUCAAGGCGGCUACUUGUCAUUCACCUUUGCAAACAAGCCCUUUAUUCGGUGGGCAACGUUAGACGUAGUAGCCACUGGUUGGUUAAUGUUAGAUGAAAUUCAAGUAUUUUCUAAUGGUAAAACUACUACCGAUAAAGUUAAGUAUCGUCUCCUCUCAUCUCCUUCUCAGCGGACGGACGCUACCGUUUCUUAUCCGGAUAAUGGCAUACAUUUAACUGACGGACUCUUCACCGGUAGUAUGCUUGCACCCACCGGUUGGUUAAAAAAUGAAUCGCGGACAAUCACAAUUGAUCUGCUCAUUCUAAGGCUUAUUCGACGAGCAACAAUUUGGUCCUUAGACAAGCCAUCGUGGGCUGUUAGUCCCCCACAAAGGGUUACAGUUAAGACAAGUGUAGAUGGCAAUGAGUGGAUUGAGUUUGGACUGUUAAAAACUAGCGAUCGAAUUUAUGAUGCACAACAGAUGAUUGUCCACGGAAAUGCGUGUAAAGUGAGGUUUGUUCAAUUCCACUUUCCGACUGAUACAACCUUGCUGUCGUGGUGGACAAUGA